AUGGACCACAAUCAUCUAGAGGUGCCAACGGAAAUAACUGGUGAGAGAUCUAAAACCAAACUGGAACCGGUUAGAGGUGCGAGAGAAAAAGAGCACCAUGGACGCCAAAGUCACAGACAUUUACGGAAUGCCGAUGGAACGCUUGCCAAAGUCACGAGUUUUGGUGACUCGGCACUGGAAAAUCUACACUACGUGACUGUGUUCGGUGAAGAUAAACGAAGACGGAGACACCACCAUUUUGAGGACGUAGAACCUACUGGUGAUAUCCUUGACAACGGUAACGUGACCUUAGACAAGUUCCGAUUUGAUUACUUAUUUGGUGGUGGAUCUAGAUCCAAAAGUCCUAAACCGGAAGAGGAUGUCGCUCAUGUGGAACACGUGUACAGCCGAAGUGUGAGCAGAAACAUGCCUUAUUACGGUUCGCCAGAAAUACAAACGACGUUCACGACCUCUCGAAAACUCGGGGAAGUGUCAAAAAUAGUCCCGAUAGAGGAUAACAAAGCUUGGAUAAAUACAGUGGGUGAUUCAUUUUUAACAUUGAUUGAUAAGACAGGGAAACGGCUCAACAGGUCACCGAUCUAUGAUAACUGUAUCUGGGAUUUCGCCCUAAACAGAAAACACAAAAUGUUUAUAACGGUGGACCGAAGUUCGUUGGUGCAUGCUCUAACACCCUAUGGUGAACAAACAGCAGCAGGGAAUUUUCUGGGUUACCAGCCCUAUGGUAUAGACGUGACGGAAGACGGAAGACUCCUCGUCUGUAUUCGGCCAUUACCUGGAACAACGAGUCAUAGCAAACUCGUGAUAAUUGGUCAAAAUGGUCAAAUUAUACGUGAAGUACAAACACGUGAAGAUAAAAAGACUCCAUUGUUUUUGGACCCGUACAAUGUUCACUGUAUCAAAAACGGGAAAAUUUUUAUACGUGAUGGCAAUACAAAAGUUGUGUGUCUUAGUGAAAAAGGUAAACAUUUGUACACAUGGGCAAAUCAUAGCGAUGACCUUGACACGGAAGAGGAAGUUUUUAAUCCUUCUCGUUUGACCUCUGACCGUCACGGAUCACUGAUCGUGUCAUCGAAAGACGCUAACAAAGUGUACAUUUUGCCUGUAGACGGACAGGGAUUGCGCUGUCUCCUGGACGUUACCCACGGGGUGCAUGGCCCGUGGGCAUUGGGCGCAUACAAGGACGGGAAUCUGUGGGUCUCUUGUAAAGAUAGGAAAAUGCAUAUAAUUAAAUAUUGA